CUCGCACCAGCAACAGCAAGGAUAGGAUCGAUCGGACGGAGCACCGACCGACUGGUGGGCCCUCCUCUUCCUCUCCUUUUAUAUUGAUUUGUUUAUUUCCACCCGCCACACCGCCCAGACCAACCAACCAACUUCAAUUGAAAUUCCGUGCCAGCGAAGGAAGGAUCGGAACAGCAACUCCUCCUCCGGCCUGCUAGAGUCGUGCGUGCAGUGGACUCCGAUCCAUCUUCCCUUCCUCGCCUCCCACCCGCAAACGCCGCCGAUCCUGCUCCACCAUGACGCCGUCGCCGUAGCCUCCUCUAACCGCCCGCCCCUCGCUCCACCCACCGCCCGCACCAAUUAACAGACAGCUCGCUCAAGAAGAUAGAUAAUGAUGAAGCUCGCCGUCGAGAUCUCCGACGCCGCCGACCUCGCCCCCAAGGACGGCGCCGCCUCCUGCAACCCCUACGUCGAGGUCGACUUCGACGACCAGCGCCAGCGCACCGCCACCAAGCCCGCCGACCGCAACCCCUACUGGAACCAGACCCUCGUCUUCGACGUCCGCGACCCCGCCAGGUUCCACUCCCUCGCCAUCGAUGUCUCCGUACUCCACGACCGCCGCCUCCAAGACCACAACGCCCUCCGACCGCACACCUUCCUCGGCCGCGUCCGCAUAAACGCCGCCUCCGUAGCCUCGCAAUCCCCGCAGGAGGCAGUCCUCCAGAGGUACCCGCUCGAGAAGCGGGGGCUCUUCUCGCGCGUCUCAGGAGACAUCGCGCUCAGGAUCUACCUCCUCAAUCCCAACAAUGACGCUGCUGCUGCUGCUGCUGCUGCUUCCAUGGACGGCGCACCCAACCACCACCACCACCAGCAGCAGCAGCAGCAGGAGCCCGUCAUCGACCCCGAAAGGAUCGUCAGGUCCGCCGCCUUCGCACCACCACAUGAACAGCAGCAGCAGCCUGCGCCAGAUCAUCAAGCCCAGCACGGACGGAAGAGCCACGACCUCGACGACCCGGAGCCGCGACCGCGCAUCUUCCGCUCCGUGCCUGCAGCAGCAGGAGGAGGCGAUGACCAACACCACCAGCAGCAGCCGCGCCGCGCCACGCUCCACGCCGUCGCCGCGCCGCCCCCGCCGCCCGGCCAGACGGUCGUCAUGCCGCGCCCCGCCGCCCCGGCCGCCGCCGCCCCCCCGCCCGGCGCCGCCUACGGCCUGGUCGAGACCAAGCCGCCGCUGCCGGCCAAGAUGGGCCCGCGCGCCGCCGCCGCCGCCGCCGCCAAGAUCGCCUCCACCUACGACAUGGUGGAGCCCAUGUCGUACCUGUACGUGAGCGUCAUCAAGGCGCGCGACCUCCCGACCAUGGACGUGACCGGCGCGCUCGACCCCUUCGUGGAGGUCAAGCUCGGCAACUUCAAGGGCGUGACCAAGCACCUGGAGAAGAACCCCAACCCGGUGUGGCGGCAGACCUUCGCCUUCUCCAGCGAGCACCUGCAGUCCAACCAGCUGGAGGUGGUGGUGAAGGACAAGGACAUGAUCAAGGACGACUUCGUGGGCCGCGUGCUCUUCGACAUGACCGACAUCCCGGCGCGCUUGCCGCCCGACAGCCCGCUGGCGCCCCAGUGGUACCGGCUCGCCGACCGGUCCGGCGAGAAGCUGCGGCACGGGGAGAUCAUGCUGGCCGUGUGGAAGGGCACGCAGGCGGACGAGGCGUUCCCGGAGGCAUGGCACUCGGACGCGCACUCGCUGCCCCUGGAGGGCCUGGCCAGCACGCGCUCCAAGGUGUACUACUCGCCCAAGCUGGCCUACCUCAAGGUGGUGGCGAUCGCGGCGCAGGACGUGGUCCCCGCGGAGAAGGGGCGGGCGCUGGCGCCGACCAUCGCCAAGAUCCAGCUGGGCGGGCAGGUCCGGCGGACGCGGCCGGGGCAGCCGCAGGGGUCGGCGAACCCGGUGUGGAACGAGGAGUUCAUGUUCGUGGCGGGGGAGCCGUUCGACGAGCCGCUGGUGGUGACGGUGGAGGAGCGGGUGGCGGCGGGGCGGGACGAGGCGGUGGGGCGCGUGAUCGUGCCGGUGGCGGCGCCGUACGUGCCCCGGAACGACCUGGCCAAGUCGGUGGACUCCAAGUGGUUCAACCUGUCGCGGGCGCUGACGGCGGACGAGGCGGCCGCGGGGAAGGCCGGCAAGGAUCGGCACUUCUCGAGCAAGAUCCACCUGCGGCUGAGCCUGGAGACGGCGUACCACGUGCUGGACGAGUCGACGCACUACGCGAGCGACCUGCAGCCGUCGGCCAAGAAGCUGCGCAAGGGCUCCAUCGGCAUCCUGGAGCUGGGCAUCCUGAGCGCGCGCAACCUGGUGCCCAGCAAGGCCAAGGAGGGCCGGCUGGCGGACCCCUACUGCGUGGCCAAGUACGGCGCCAAGUGGGUGCGCACGCGCACGGCGCUCAACACGCUGGCGCCGCGGUGGAACGAGCAGUACACCUGGGAGGUGUUCGACCCGUGCACGGUGCUCACGGUGGCCGUCUUCGACAACAACGGCCUGCUGCCUGGUGGUGAGGGGAAUAAGGCCGCCGACCAGCGGGUCGGCAAGGUGCGCGUGCGGCUGUCGACGCUGGAGAUCGACCGCGUCUACACCCACUUCUACCCGCUCAUGGCGCUCUCCCCGUCGGGGCUGAAGAAGACCGGCGAGCUCCACCUGGCGGUGCGCUUCACCUGCACGGCGUGGGCCAACAUGCUGGGCAUGUACGGGCGGCCGCUGCUGCCCAAGAUGCACUACACCCACCCCAUCUCCGUGCUGCAGCUGGACUACCUGCGGUUCCAGGCGAUGCAGAUGGUGGCGGCGCGGCUGGGGCGCGCGGAGCCGCCGCUGCGGCGCGAGGUGGUGGAGUACAUGCUGGACGUGGACUCCCACAUGUUCAGCCUGCGGCGGAGCAAGGCCAACUUCUACCGCGUGACCUCGCUCUUCUCCGGCGCGGUGGCGGUGGCCAAGUGGAUGGACGGCAUCUGCAAGUGGAAGAACCCGCUGACGACGGUGCUGGUGCACGUGCUGUUCCUCAUCCUGGUGUGCUACCCGGAGCUGAUCCUGCCCACCGUGUUCCUCUACCUGUUCAUGAUCGGCGUGUGGAACUACCGGCGGCGGCCGCGGAAGCCGCCGCACAUGGACACGGUGCUGUCGCACGCGGAGCUGGCGCACCCGGACGAGCUGGACGAGGAGUUCGACAGCUUCCCGACGAGCAAGCCGGGGGACGUGGUGCGGAUGCGCUACGACCGGCUGCGCAGCGUGGCGGGGCGCGUGCAGACGGUGGUGGGGGACCUGGCGACGCAGGGGGAGCGGGCGCAGUCGCUGCUGAGCUGGCGGGACCCGAGGGCGACGGCCAUCUUCAUCAUGCUCUCGCUGCUGGCGGCGGUGGUGCUGUACGUGACGCCGUUCCAGGUGGUGGCCGUCGUGGCGGGGCUCUACCUGCUGCGCCACCCGCGAUUCCGGAGCAAGCAGCCGUCGGUGCCAUUCAACUUCUACAAGAGGCUGCCGGCAAAGACAGACAUGCUGCUGUAACCACCAUUCCGUUCAGGCAUUAUAUUCAGACAUUCAGUAUGUAGUAAAAUAAAAUAAAAUAAAAUAACCACGAUCAGAGCAGACAGCACAAGACUGCAGCAAAGCAACAAGUACACAGCAGCAGGAAGCCCUUUAAAAUAAUUUAUGGUGUCCGUCCUUUGCAUUCUUAAAAUAGUUGUGUCAGAUCAUGGAAGCUUCGACACUAGCAGCAGAUGAAAGCAAUCAUGGAAGAGACGAGAAGACAAGAGCAUGCCACGAGCUAGCAGAGCACUAGGGGCCGUGCCUGACUGGUAGGUAGGUUGUUGAUGCGUACCUUCUUCUUUUCCCUCUCUCCGAUUCCGAUCCUAUCUAUGAUACGGUGUCCCUCCCAAUGAUGCAUGAUGCAUGAUGGGAUGAUGAGAGAUCCAUGGAAGAAUAAAGUUUCCUUUUUCUUUUGGGCA